AUGCGAGGUUAUUCAACGAUUAGAUUUUCCAUUCCACGGAUUCGCUUAUUCUUGAAGUUUAUCAUUGGGGUGAUCAUUGUUUCACUCUCUAUUACUGCAUUACUCCUUUCCAUUACACUCUUUUUGCUGCGUGAACGUUUCUCGCAACCCUGGCUUAAUUUACGUGGUAGCACAGCUACUGGAGACGACGGCUUCUUAUGUAAACAACAUGCAGUACCCAAUUUAUUGCGGCAUGAGGAAUCUGCGGCGCGGAAUCUUACCAGCAAAUCAUUGAUAAUAAUACGAUCGGUGCUUCUUCUUCAACAGGGUGAAUUGUAUCUGAAGAUUUUGUUGCUGAAAAAGUGUGAAACGGACGUGAGUGACAUACGACUGCAAAUUGACUUGAAGCAAAUUUUAUGCCCAGCAAUAAAACAUAUUGAAAGUGACAAUUGUCCAUGGGAUUGGGCUCCAGGAUGUGCAUGGUCAUCGUUUAUUGCAACUACAAAAUUGGAGUUCGUUCCGAAUCAUAUUCUUCUUAGUUUCAAUAACCAUGCUAUUGGACUACAUUUGGAACCAUCACAUCAUAUCGAGAAUUUACCUUUUGCUGUGUGUACCCAGCCUCUUUACUGGUAUAUCGAUUGGCUUCAAGUAAUUGAAUUCAUUGAAAUAUGGUCCUUUCAAGGCGUCAAUCAUUUCUUCUUCUAUUUUUAUACCAUUUCACAGCUUGUCAUGGAUGUAUUACAAUAUUAUGAAGCGAAAGGAACUGUAACAUUACUGCCAUGGAGAUCAUUUCCUGUCGGAGAGAAUGAAAAUCCGAACAGAGAUGUGUACAGAUUGGCACACAGUCUCGCAAACAAUGAUUGUUUGUGGCGCUCACAGGGUGCUCAUUUUGUUGCAUUUGUUGAUUUGGAUGAAUAUAUUCUCACUACUAGUGGAGUGCCUCUUAUUGCAUUUAUUGAGAAAAAAGCGGAAUUAUGCCCACGUUGCGGAAGUUUUGCUGCCAUACACAGGAAAAUGUAUUAUUCCUCACCGCGACCUCGGAAUGACUUCCGCUGGCAUGAUGUAAGGUUUGACUGGUUAACUAAUGUAGGCUAUGGACUACCCGAAAUAGAAGGACCACACAAACAAAUAGUUCGACCGGAAACAGUUUCGAUUAUCUCUACGCAUUCAACGAGAAAGAGUUAUCCCGGUUAUAUCGAUGUCAAUCUCAAUUCAUCCGAAAUCGUUCUAUUGCAUGCAUCUUAUAAAUGGUCCGAAACAAAUCAUUCAAUGAACGAUAUGGCAUAUAAACAAAUGUAA